ACAGCCUGCCUCACUGCUUGAUAGUCAGCAGCGGCAGGUCACAGUGAAAUAAUUAUAUAAAUAUAUAUUUUAAAAAUCAAGAGAAAUGCCAUUGCGGCGGAUGUGUAAAAUAGAAGUAGCCCAAAAACCCGCGACCAAAACAUUUCCACCCGCGACAUCGUACUCAAAGUAGCUACAUUUCUGGUAACCCGCUGACAUGGCAAUCUUGCUUUUCGUAGCUCCGCUAGUCCGGAUGGAACGCACCAACACAAUCAAGGAUUAGCUGUCGAUUACCGAUCAAUCGAACUCAGAGCGGAAGUCGAAACUCAGAGCGGAAGUCGGAGAAUGCACGAUGACAAGAAGCUAGCUUGAUAUUAAAGAAACAAAAGCCCCCAAAAUAGCUAUCGCAUAAGUGUUCCAACAGAACGAUUAAUGAACGUGUGUUUCUAGUAAAUGUUUACAUAUUUGUUCAUCCAAAAGAGGGGAUUAGACAUUUGAAGAAAAAAAAGGAUGGACCCAGCCUUGUUGAGAGAGCGGGAGCUCUUUAAGAAGAGGGCUCUCUCUCAGCCCACGGUUGAGAAGAGACCUGCAGCCUCCGAGUCAGGCGGUUCCAAGAAGAAGAAGUCCAAAGCUGACAAGGAGGCCUCCGGGUCCAAACAUGGCGCAGACACCAGUAAUGGUAACUUCAACCUGAAGGCCCUGACAGGCAGCUCUGGCUACAAGUUUGGUUGCCUGGCUAAGAUAGUCAACUACAUGAAGACCAGACACCAGCGUGGUGAUACUCACCACUUGACUGUGGAGGAGAUUCUAGAUGAGACCAAACUACUGGACAUCGGCAUGAAGCAGAAACAAUGGCUGAUGACUGAGGCGCUGGCCAGUAACCCUAAGAUAGAGGUGAGGGAUGGGAAAUAUGCCUUCAAGCCCAAAUAUCACCUGAAGGACAAGAAAGCCCUGCUCAGACUGUUGGAUAAACAUGACCAGCUGGGACUGGGAGGAUUACUGCUAGAUGACGUGGAGGAGGGGCUACCCAACUCUGCCAAGGCACUGAAGGUUUUGGGAGACCAGAUCAUCUUUGUGACAAGACCAGACAAGAAGAAGAUUCUGUUCUACAAUGAUAAACACUGCCAGUUUACAGUUGACGAAGAGUUUACCAAGCUGUGGAGGAGUAUCCCAGUGGACUCUAUGGAUGAAGAGAAGAUAGAGGACUACCUCAAGAGACAGGGCAUCUCCUCCAUGCAGGAGACUGGACCCAAGAAAGUUUUACCAAUCAAGAGGAAGAAGCCAGGUGGACAGAAGAAGAGACGCUUCAAGACUCACAACGACCAUCUGGCCGGAGUACUGGAGGACUACUCAGAGGGCGUACCCGCUAAGAAGUGAUGUCACUUCCUGGUUAUACCCCUCCCACUUCCUCUUCCCUGGCCCAGUGAGAGAGGGGUGACCUGGGAGUUGUUGUUUUUGGGCGGAAAUAAACUUUUUUUUUUUUUUGUCUCACCAUAACUACAAUGAAGAUGAGAGGAGACAAUGGCCCUGUCUCAAACGUGUGAACUUGCUUCCUUUCCUUGUGUCCUUUUCUCCCCGACAAUAAAGGAGAGGAGAUGAGGAAAGGAAGCCAUUUUGGAACGUUGAGACACAAGAUGGCUGACUGAUUGACUGAAGUGAAGUCCUUGCCAAACACACCAACCUAAAGAGGCGCUCGCUGUCCUUUUUGAUAAUACCUUACCAGUUUGGUUCUAAGCAGUAAUACAAAAUGGUGGAUGGCUUUUAGGGUAGCAAAAAUGUCCUGUUAAAUUUUCCUUAAAAAUCCCAGGUUUUCCAGAAAUCCCAGUUGAAAUAUUCCUGUAAUGACAAAUUCCCUGGAAUCUGGUAACACUUCAAUGGGGAUGUCUGGGAAACAUAGGGGAUUCUGGGAAAGUUACUGGAUAUGUGCAACCGUAGAAGGGGCUGUAUGUGUAAAUGUCUGGCACACGAUGGACACUGUGUGUGUGUGUGAUAGUGGAGAGAGGAUGUGUGUGAAAGUGUUUUAUUUUAUUUUAAAUAAUCCCAGUCGUAUUGUCUGCUGUAGUUGUUCCUUAUAUUCAUUUACAACAGUGGUCACCAAUGGCAACCUGGAGAAAUACAGGUUGUGCAGGGUUUUGCUCCAGACCUGCACAAGCACUCCUGAUUUAGCUAAACGACUCGUAGAAUCUACCAGGUUUACUCAGACAAACACUAGCCUGGUCCCAGGGUCUUUGUUCGGCAUGACAACGAGUCAUAGCAACGCUGAAAUCAGGCUAGACAAACACCCCUCUCCCAUUGAAACCCUUCACCCCCCGACAUACUUACAGUAUAUACCACUCAGCUAAUAAACUGUCCCUUCAGUAUAUACCACUAAGAUAAUAAACUGUCCCUUCAGUAUAUACUACUAAGAUAAUAAACUGUCCCUUCAGUAUAUACUACUAAGAUAAUAAACUGUCCCUUCAGUAUAUACUACUAAGAUAAUAAACUGUCCCUUCAGUAUAUACUACUAAGAUAAUUAACUGUCCCUUCAGUAUAUACCACUAAGAUAAUAAACUGUCCCUUCAGUAUAUACCACUAAGAUAAUAAACUGUCCCUUCAGUAUAUACCACUAAGAUAAUAAACUGUCCCUUCAGUAUAUACUACUAAGAUAAUAAACUGUCCCUUCAGUAUAUACUACUAAGAUAAUAAACUGUCCCUUCAGUAUAUACUACUAAGAUAAUAAACUGUCCCUUCAGUAUAUACUACUAAGAUAAUAAACUGUCCCUUCAGUAUAUACUACUAAGAUAAUAAACUGUCCCUUCAGUAUAUACUACUAAGAUAAUAAACUGUCCCUUCAGUAUAUACUACUAAGAUAAUAAACUGUCCCUUCAGUAUAUACUACUAAGAUAAUAAACUGUCCCUUCAGUAUAUACUACUAAGAUAAUAAACUGUCCCUUCAGUAUAUACUACUAAGAUAAUAAACUGUCCCUUCAGUAUAUACUACUAAGAUAAUUAACUGUCCCUUCAGUAUAUACCACUAAGAUAAUAAACUGUCCCUUCAGUAUAUACCACUAAGAUAAUAAACUGUCCCUUCAGUGUAUAUACUACUAAGAUAAUAAACUGUCCCUUCAGUAUAUACUCAAACUGUUCAUCAAGACCUUGAUUGAUUGGGUGAAUCGGUUGUGUUAUAGUGCAAGGCCAGAACAAAAGCCCGAGACACCCUGUAUCUCUCCACUUCCUGGUUGGUUGGUGACCACUGGUCUCUGAGCGUUCUUCAUUACUGAGCACGUUACCCACAGUACCUUUCUCCUGAGGCCUUUCCUCUGACGCACAAUAAAGUCCUAGAAAACACA